AUGGAGGAACAACUGACCGUCUACUGGGAUUUCCGGGUACCUUUCUGGACUGAGGGUAAUCUUACUGAGGUCAAGUGGAAAUUCAGGAACUCAAUCGUUACCUCGAAACCGUGGACCGGGCCUCCCUUAAGUGUCGCACGUUGCGAGGAGUUGAAUUUUCAGAAGAUCGGAUGCGCGGCCGCCUCUAACGAUCACCGGGACGAGGUGGGAGGCAGUACGGUGGUAGCCGAGGGUGUAGUAGGCGGCAUAAAGGGCCCAGGCGGCGGGUGCCGCGCAUCCUCGAUGACGAUGGCCGAGAGCGCCGUGGAGGACGCUGCAGCCGCGCCCCCGGGUCCGGCCAAGCCGCCACCGCCCUCCUGUACCAACAAUAACACCCUGGCGGCGACAGCGAACCGAAACCAUCGGAACUACCGCAGACGGAAACGACUGGACCAAGUGUUGGACAUCCUGCAACACCGUAGCUCGCCGUCCGAGGGCGAGGUGUUGAGGUUCGAGGGCAGCGGGCCCGCGUCGGAGGAGGAGGACGUGUUCGGUUCGCCGAGGUCGUCCUCGAGAUCGGCCACGGAUCCGCCGCUGGGCAUCAGCCUGCUACCCCUCAGGCUGAAGAGCGAGGAGCCCGUGACGCCUACCGAGGAGGAGGGGAACGCGAACGAGUCGAACAGCUCGGAUCAGCAACAGAAUCAUCAUUCUCAUCAUCCGCACCAUCACUCGCAUCAUCAUCGUCACCGGCACAGGCAUCAUCACAGAAACAACGCGAAUCACCUCUACGAUCAGCUCCACCCGCCUCAUCAGAGAUCCUCGGCGAGCAACUACGCCGGAUGCACCUGCGUUCAGUGUUCCCAGUCCACCACCCCUCCGAUGGUGCAACCACCGCCGACCUCCCCGUUGACUCCUCUCACGCCGCUCACCCCGCUCACUCCGCUCACUUUGCCGCCGUUGACGCCGGGAUUCCUGUCGUCGUACAGCUUCGAGCACUACAUGCACACCAAGUACCUGCCGGAUAUAUUCAGAGGACGCAGUCACUCGGACUCGGACGUGGUGCCGGGAUGGGACCAGAAGCCACCGCUCGAGAGCUACACCACGAGUCCUCAAGAGUCGCCGUUGGACCUCUCGAUGAAGAACCUGAUGGCGUCCGCGGCGGCCGCUGCGGCGGCGGUUUCCGGUAGACCGCCUGCCCUCCAGUUGCUCCCGCCGGGUAUCGUGUCGAGGGGCUCGGUAAGCGUGCCAGUGGUAAAGGGCGACGUGGCGUCGCCAACGACCAAGGAGAGCGUCGCCGUGAGAUACAAGCUCGAGGUGUCUCCCGUGGUCGAGGAGAUGCCGCCGGGAGCGGACGUCGCGUACGUUUGCCCGAUCUGCGGUCAAAUGUUCAGCCUGCACGAUCGACUGGCCAAGCACAUGGCCUCGAGGCAUCGCAGACAGGGUCCCCAGGACGCGUCCGCGAAGGCGUACCUGUGCGACGUGUGCAAGAGGAGUUUCGCCAGGUCGGACAUGCUCACCAGACACAUGAGACUGCACACGGGCGUCAAACCGUACACGUGCAAGGUUUGCGGCCAGGUAUUCAGCAGGUCGGAUCACCUGAGCACCCAUCAGAGGACGCACACGGGCGAGAAGCCGUACAAGUGUCCGCAGUGCGCGUACGCCGCCUGUCGCAGAGACAUGAUCACCAGGCAUUUGAGGACCCACGCCAGAUUUCCCGACGUACAGACGCCUAAGAGCGAACCUGGCCUCCUUGCCGGCGAGGAUAGCCCCACGUUUGCGCAGGAGAUGGCCUUCCCGUCGGCAACGAUCAAGGCCGAAUGA